AGUCGCCAUUGAUCAAUCUAGACAGUCUGUAUCAGCUGGUUAGUUUGAAUGGGGUGAUAAAUACCCAGUUUUCAAGUUUUGGUGAGGCUCGGUCAACGAAGUUUCGGUCCUUGCAAGACAACGACGAUUCGGAUUAAGGACUUCUACAGCAAAAAACAAGAAUUUCCCAGCGAUUUCUGGUGAUCUCAAACCAUCAGCAGUAUCUCGGAACGAACUGUCCAUCUUAAGAACUUUGGCACAGUUAUAUGUUAUCGCCAGGAAGAAUUCAGCCAAAUUUGAUCGCGAGAUAGCGACUUGAGAUAGCUUCGUGCUGCCAGUAUGUCGAGCAUUAAAAAACUGAAAUCUGCGAAGAAAGUGGUCGAGAAAGUCAUUCACACUACUCCACUCAAAACGUACGUUUCAGCUGGAAUGGCAGUCCCGGGCCCACCACUUGGACCUCAAUUGGGACAACGUGGAAUAAAUAUUGCGUCGUUCUGUAAGGAUUUCAACGAGCGGACAAAAGAUAUCAAAAAAGGAAUACCGAUACCAUGUAAGAUAUCUCUUAAUGAGGAUCGAACUUUUUCGCUCGAGAUGCUCACGCCGCCUUUGGCCUAUUUUGUGAAACAGGCCGCUGGCCUUACUCGUGGAGCCCAGUUCAAUGGAAAGGAAGUGGCUGGACUUAUUUCCUUGAAGCAUGUUUAUGAGAUAGCUAAAAUCAAAUCGCAGGAUGUUACGUACGACUGUGUCCCGAUGCAGAAAAUCUGUCAGGAUGUCAUCCGGGCGGCAUAUACCUGUGGAAUAAAAGUUGUACCUUCUUUGACCGCCGAAGAAAUAGCGGCUUUGCAAGAGGAACGCAAGCCGGUCGUAGAAGCUCAGAUACGAGAGAUCGAAGAAAAGCGUCAGGCCAAGUUGCUUCGUACUGCUUAGUAAUAAGUUUGAAAAUCAAUUAAAGAAAUCUGCCACAAAAUAGGUGCAACCUUAGCUGUUAGAGGUUACAUCUUUUUUUUUUUUUUAUCAUACAUUGAUGUGUAUGUAUACGCUUAGACUACUAAGAUUAGACUGAAUGUUAUUCCUCAAGGAAAGAGAGCACGUCUUAGUCAAAUUAAUAGCGAAACGUUCUAGAUAUCGUACAGAGCUAUAUAUUCGACAGUGGAAAGCUUGCCGAUUAUAAAAACUGCAAGUAUGAUACACAUGCAUUUCUACGUAUUUGUAUCGUGACGACGUCCACCAUUGAAUAAUGUUGGCUGUAUAAAGUGAAACUGAAUUAAAUACAAUACACGAACAAAAAACUCCUACCAUCAUCAUAAUCACAUAUGCUAAAUUGCAUGCGAUCAGCUAAUUACUGUAAUAAAUUUAAAUAUACACACAGGCACAUAAAGGUUUUUCGUUUUCUUUUUGUUUCAUUUGGCUUUGUAUUUGUAAGCGUAGCUGAACGGGUCAAUG